AACCGCCUCCAACGUAGCUUAUAGAUGGAGUGCCCUGCUUCUCUUAGAGCCAAGAGCUACUUUAUCGAGAGCAAGAACUUCCAUUGGACUCGAGAGAAAGUCGGAGAGGGCUCCUUUGGCGUGGUGUACAAGGGAACUUACAGGGGGAAGCAAUGCGCCCUCAAGUACAUCCGCCGCCACCUCUUCUCUCAGUCAGUGUCGGCCAGUCGGUUGUCCGUGGAGCAGUUCGAGAGAGAGUGCGAGAUGGCCAAGAAACUCUCCAGUCCAAACAUGGUUCAGUUUAUCGGUGUCUCGUGGGACCGUCACGUCCCGGUCCUCAUAUCGGAGCUUCUAGAAUGCAGUCUUACGGACGUUCUCGACUGCCAGCAUUGCUCGGUGCCCUACCACAGAGAGAUCGACAUAGCGCUGGGCAUCGCUAGAGGACUGAACGUCCUCCACAGUCAUCGACCACCCAUCGUUCAUAGAGACCUCUCCAGCAAUAAUAUCUUACUGUCUCGGAGCUACGUUGUGAAGAUCGCUGAUCUCGGAUUGGCCAAGAGCUUGGACAAUGACUUUUGUACGCCAAUGCCAGGCACUCCUCACUACAUGCCUCCCGAAGUCACCGUUCUCUCUCCACUGACAGUGGCUAUUGAUCUGUACAGCUACGCCGUGUUGCUGAUUCAGUUGGAGACGAGGAAUCGACCGCAACCUGCGCAGAAGAAAGAAGAGGUUGUGCGGGAGAAAGAGGAGUGGGUUGCAGGAGGAGAAUUGGAGGAGGAGGAGGAGGAGGAGGUAGGAGGAGAGAAGGGAGGGGGAGAAGAUGGAGGAGAGGAGAGCAAAAAUCAGGAGACGAAAGAGGAGAAUAAUGAAGCAUCAGCAGUAAGUGAAGGUGUGAGGGGGAAGCACAAUGUGAUAGUGAGGGGAGAGCUGGAGAGGAGAGAGAACCACCUGUCACUGAUGGACAGGGAGGGCGUUCUGUUCAGGAUAGUCCAGUGUUACCUGGUGGACGGACCCAGAGUUAGAAUGAGAACUCCGUUAAAUGAAGUCAUCGCCUGGCUGGAGGAAGAGACAUGUGCUCACAGAUAUACUCACGAUCACGACAUCAAGCAAAAUCCUCAGACACCACUGGAGCACCGAACAGGCAACCACUCAGCCUGGAGUGGUGGAACCCUCUCAUCUUCCUCGUUAUCGUUCUCGGGCCUCCCGAGACCCGUUCCCAUGCCUCAUGGGGCUAGACCAGGAGAUGAGGAGGGGAGGAAGAUGGGGAGGAGGAAGAAGGAGAGUCAGAAUGGAGGCAGGGACAGUGGCUACCAGUCUGAACAGAGCAGUAAUAGACCUCAAGUCACCCAAGACCCCGCCCACGAGAGGAAAAACGAGCCACACCCCCCCAGCCCCAAGACGACAGGUGGCAAGAAGACGCCAGGUCAAAGUCCAGCUGGUACCAAAACUCCCGGCUCCAAGGAAAAGAAGGUAAAAGUGACUCCAAAGACAAAGCCAGUUGGAGGAACUUCCUCUGCAAAGUCAAAGACACCCAAAUCAUCAGGAGGGGGGUUGUCAAAAAAGACCACACCCCUUUCAAGCCACACCCCCACCCCACAGAAAGUCUUGUACGACUUAUCGCACUCCCCGGCACCAAAAAUCGCCGCAAUCUCCGCCUCCCCUAGCCCCGCCCGGGCGGAGCUGAGCGGAGUCUCUCCAAGGAAAAAGUACGGCUCUCUCUUCAAAGCUCAGAAGCCUAAACUGUCGAAAACUGAACGUCAGAAACUCAAAGAGAGUCUUAGCAUCUUUGAUUUCGGUUCUUCAGACAGUGAGAGCGAGGAGGAGGGGGAGGGGGGUGAAGAGGGAGAGGGUGUGAUAGCCGCGAAGAUACAGAUUAAACCGAAACCCCUGCCCCCCGUUGCCAAGGUUACUGGCGAGAAGACAGAGGUCAAAAGUGAGGCGGGGACGCAGAAAAGGCAGCAGAGCAACAGCAAUUUCAGACGUGCUCCUGUAAGGAAGGUGAUAGCAAAGAUUGUCAGAAAGACCACACCCACCACUAAGAGCAGUCCAAAGAAAGCAACCGAGGGAGGAGGAGGAGGGAAGAGGAAGAGAGAUGAGGUGGAGGGAGAGGGAGGGGGAGAGGAGGUGAAGAAGACAAAGACAGAUGAAAGGGAGCCAGAGGCAGCCGAUCUGUCUCACUAUGAGCACUACCCCAGACUGACUCGCUCCGCGUAUCGUAACAUCGAGAGACUUGGGCCUGGAGAUAGUGGGCCUACUGAGUCAGAGAAUAUAACUCCAGUUAAUGCCCACCAUUCAGCCCCUCAGUCGUCUCAAUCCACACCCACUGCCACACCCUCACAACCUCCACCCCUCACCACCUCACAAGACACACCAAUUACCUCAUCACAGCAAGACACACCCAUUAUGUCAUCGCUAGAGAAAGAAGCCACGCCCCCAAAGGGUUCUCCUCCUCCAACCCUCACCACGUCACUCAUUACACACCCUCCCUCCUCCCCUCCCCACACCAUCGUCGAAUCUGACAUUGCCGAGGAUCAUGUGACCCCAGCCUCCAGUCAUGUGACUUCUGCUGAAGAUCACGUGACUCCAGUCUCCAGUAAUGUGCCCUCUUCUGAGGAUCAUGUGAACCCAGCACCUGAUCAUGUGACUCUUGGACAGGAUCAGGUGAUGUCACAUGACCCGAGUGCCAUAUUUGGGGUGGUUGAAGAGCCAGUGUCCAGUAUAGUUCACACACAGCGACAAGAGGAAGGACCUGACAAACCUGUUUCUGAAACUGGUUUGGCUGGUUCUGAGGAUCAAGCCAUGGAAACAGAGACAGAGGAAUCGCAGACUACUGUGUCCUCGUGUGGGGGGGAUGCCCCUCCCGAAAUAAGGUCGUUUACUCCACCUCCAAACACUUGUCCGGGUUCCACGGCAGAGGCAGGGUCUCAGACCGAUUCCAGUGGACUGGGGAACGGGAAUGGGACAGUGUCAGCAGACGACACGAUGCCACUGGAGGCAGAGGGAGGGGAUGAGAAGAUGGAGACUGGUGCGGAGGCAGAAGGGAGACCGGGAGAUCUGUCUCUCUCAGAGACUCCAGACAAACCAGCCUUCUCUGAGUUCGACAGACACCUCACCGUGCCUACAGUGAGAAAGACCCUGUCCAGUGCAGUGGCCACCCUCAGUCCUACCAAGACCUACUCUGGAUCCUCCUUCAUCCCCUCCCUCUCUCGUUGUUCCACGUGGCCCAAGACGUCUUCAUCUCGUUCCUCCUCCUCCUCCCAGCCAGAGAAAGAGUCUCAGCUGUGUACCGUGGUGAGGAAUGUGAGACAGGCACACGAGUGUCUGGAGUCAGGAGAGAACCAACAGUUCUUUGACGAGAUGGAAUAUCUCAUGGACAGUCUCCAGUCGGCCCAGCCCCUCGGAGUCCGCUGUCUUGGGACGGUACACCUAGCAACCAGUGGUAUCUGAGGUGGUCUCAGAGUUCAGUCAGCAGAUAAGAGCUCACGAGUUCAUUCCAAAGAUUACCUCAUCUCUAGCAGACCUUCUUGAUCAUCCUACUCUGAGUCUGACCAGCUCAGUACUGUUCUUCAUUAUGACCAGAGACAAGUUCAACUCUGACUGGGACAAAGGUGGAAUAGGUUAGCAUGUCCCUGUGUCGGUUGAAAGAGAGACGUACGGUGCGAGCUGAACAGAGACUGGGAGGAGCUGUCAAGGCAGUUCGGGAAUGGGAGCGCAUGCUAGCCAAGGCCAGGAGUAUACUGGAGAAGUGUGGAGAGGGAGGG